AUGAGUACGUUGAGCAUUGGAUUAGAAGGUUUAUCAAUGCAAUUUUAUAUUCCACGUGAAUCUUAUUAUCCAGUGUCGUACUUUGACGAAGGUUUAAUUGUAUCAAUACACGAAAAUAAUGAAUUUCCAUUGCUUAUUGAUAGUGGACUUCGACUUCAACCAGGUCUCUCUCACACAAUCUUAUUUUCAAAAACCGAAAGAAAUUUGUUGCCUGAACCUUACACCAAUUGCACAUCUUCAGUUGGAGAUGAAUUACGCGACAUUUUUGAGACAGCAUUUGAUAGGGAUUCUAUCGGCAAAAUUACUUAUUCAGAAAGUUUAUGUCAAGAGUCUUGUUUAAACUUAAUAGCUGAUUUAUUUUGUUCUUGUAUUUUACCGUUUCCUUUUUUCCAACGAAAUGUUUGGUCUGUCGACAGCAACAGUCUUAAGGCAGCAAAUACUUGCAUUCCAGAUACUUUUGAAGAAAAAUGUGUGCUCACGACUGUGCCAGAAUUCAAAACUCAAGACGUAGGUUACAAAAGUUGGUGUCCACAAUGCACUCCUGAGUGCAAAAAUACUGAUUUUCAUGCUGUAUUGAGUGCUCUUUCAUAUCCAUCAGCGAAACAGAAAGCAUUGUUAACUAAAAGACUAUUAGAUAAGAAAUCGAAUUCUUCUAGUAUUCUGUUACCCGAUGAUUUUGCUCUUAAAUCGGACACAUAUCUCAGUAACAAUCUUUUAAAAGUGACAAUUGCCUGUAGCAAUCAUUAUGUCGUUGUUUACAAUCAGAAAGCCAAAAUAUUGAUCGUUGAUCUGUUCAGUUCUAUUGGUGGUCAAACAGGAAUAUGGCUUGGUUUAAGUAUACUUGGUGUAAUUGAAUUUGGUGAAGUCCUAUUUAAAAUGAUCGUUAAAUGUAUUGUUUGUAUAAAACGACAAGCAACAGCUAAACAGAAUCCUACCACUAAUAAUAAUGCAGUUUAUUGUGACGCUCAUUAA